AUGAUUCGGUAUAUAACCGAGCGAUCGGCGAGUCCGUCGAAAACCGAACAGUGUCCAUCGACAGCACACCGUACGGGUGGUUGGUGUCGGUUUCGUGUCCGACGACGACCGCUGCCAACAUCAGAUUUUGACAAAAAGUCGGCGUUCAGCUAUCCGAAAAAAAUGCCGAAGCUUUUGCGUUUGAAUCGGCGGCGCUCAGCGCGUGUGCGCACGUCGAGCAACAUGGGCGUAUGCGUUUCCCAAUUCAAAGCGCCCAACAAUGAGAAGACGAUUGUACGCGUCGAGCAGGGUCUGCUCGAAGGCGAGAUGCUCAAGACGCCGAGCGGCGUCCGAUGCGACGUCUUCCUCGGCGUUCCCUAUGCGAAGCCGCCGAUCGGCGAGCUGAGGUUCAAGAAGCCGGUGCCGCCCGAAUCAUGGCAAGGUGUUCGCAAAUGCAACAAGUAUCCGAACCGCUCGAUUCACAAGGAGAUGCCGUGGGAUAAGGCGUUGCCGAGUGCGCCGAUGAGCGAGGAUUGCCUGUACUUGAACGUCUUUGCGCCGAGAGUUCGAGAGGACAAGGUACCCAAUAAUCCAUGGGAUGUAUUGUUCUAUGUUCAUGGAGGCGGUUGGAUGAUGGAUUCCGCCGAGCGAUACACGGCGAAGAACAUUUGCCGAUUGUUGGUGUCUCGCGAGAUCAUCGUCGUCACCAUGCAUUAUCGUCUCGGCUUCUUGGGCUUCUUGUGCACCGGUGACGAGGCGUCGCCGGGCAACUACGGAAUGUUCGACGUGCUCGAGGCGCUCAAAUGGACGCACGCCAACAUUUCGUCGUUCGGCGGCGAUCCGGCGAACAUCACAAUUUCGGGACAGAGCGCUGGCUCGGCGUCGGCCGAUCUGCUCUCGAUCUCGCCGCUCGCACGCGGUUUGUUCAAAAAUAAAAUUGUGAUGGGUGGCAACUCGUUCUGCCAUUGGGCCGUCACCAAGAAGGCCGACAUUCGCGAGUACUGCAAAAAGAAUGCGCGACGACUCGGCUGGAAGCCGCAAUCGAGCUAUCCGUCGAAGAUCGAUGAGAGCCACGAUCUUGUCAACUUCUUCAAACAGCUUCCCGCCUCGAAGCUUGGCAGCACAAUGUUCUUCUGCAAGACGUUCUUCGGCGAAUGCCAACUUCCAUUGGCACCGGUGAUCGAUGGCGAUCUGCUGCCGAAGAAUCUCAAAGCCCUUCGAGCCGAGGCGCCGUCGGUGCCGACAAUCGUCGGCGGCGGCGAAUAUGAGUCAUUGCUUUUCUGCGCGAUUGGCCUGUUGCGCGGCACCGAGAAGGAGAUCGACAACGCCAUUUCGGUGUUGUGCAAGAAAAGCGGAUUGUCGCGCGCCAAAGUCGAGGAGAUCACCCACAAAUUGUACGGCGACUCGGCGGCGGUUCGCGCAAGUUCCAAACUCCGAAAGCGAUUCUAUGUCGAGAUGCUCUCCGACAUUUUUGCCAAUUAUGGAAACUAUCGCUAUAUGAAAGAAUCGCGCGAGAAGGCCGCCGAUUGCUAUGCGUACUCGUUCGAUCAUCAAAGCAAACAAUUGUGGGGAUGGCUGCAGCACGUGGUGCCGUUCACCGGCGGCACUCACACGUCCGACGUCAGCUAUCUGUUCGAUUGCAAUUAUAUGGCGGCGCCGUUGGGAAUGAACAAAAAAGACAAGGCGAUCAGCGAGAUGACGGCCGAUUAUUUCACGAAUUUUGUCAAGUUUGGCACACCAAACGCGCUCGACGCGAAUGAUUCCCAUCAAUUGGCGACGUGGGAGCCGAUCGCGAAGAAUGGCGACAAAUUGGAGCAGUUUUGCAUCAAAAUCGAGCCCGAAAUGAAGGCGAAGCAAUACAUUGAUCGAAUGGAGCGUCUUGAAGAAUGCCUCUCGGCAAUCUAUGAGGCUGAAAAUGAGGACGAGAAAUGCCCGUCGAUCCUUCAAUUGCAAAUCACUGACAUCAAGAGCAAUUCAUAA